CAUUGCUGAGAAGAAUAUGCUAACAGUUAUGUUCAACCUUGUGUUAGCAAAGGAAACUGUGAUCUGUUGUAUAGAGUAGGGCCUGGCCCUUGUCUGGUGGGAAGGGUGACCAUGAGCAGCAGAAAGACUUGUGUGGGGAAAGUGAAAAUGCUUGGGGACACCAUGGAUUGUGUCACAAGAAAAUAUCUUGAGGUUAUAUAUAUGUCUUCAUAACAGGUCUCGGAGUGGGGUAGUGAAGGAUUUGUACAGGAAAGAGUGGGACAAGAUGGGAGCAGAGUGGUCUUGCUGAGGAUGCUUUCCUACUUCCUAAGGGUCUGGAGUGGGAGGCCCUGCCGAUAAGGAGAUGAGAGUGUGAAACUGAAAUGCCCACGGUGUCCCUUGCAGUUUGGAGUCUCGCCACCAGGGACUGUCUGUGCUGCUGCUGCUGCCUGCCUGGUGUAGGCCACGUGUUGGAAAGUGUGGGGAUGCUUAAAAUCAGAGGGUUUUGGGAAAGCUGCAAAAGGCAGGCCUCAGCGACAACAGAACUGUGAUUAGAGCUAAGCAGUAGCGAUAAGAUUUGUCAGCAGAAAAAUGGUAUAAGGAGUAGAAAAGUAAGGAUAAAUGAACAGUGGACUGUGUAUUAAUGCAUGUCUAGAAUAACUCCCUAAGCUACAGAAAAGUCUGUCUGGCAAGAUAUUAAGAAGUUCUAAGCUUAAUAAUGGUGCUCUGUGCAAUGUGUGUUGAGGCUUGCAAGCAGGUAUUGUAUUCGAGAUAAGCAAGCAUUGUUUUAACCAAACUUGCAUGUGCUUAUGGUGGUUGGAUAGAACUACUGUCAAUAUGCUUUUCCUUUGUGGGAUUGGUCAGAAAACUUAUAAAGUGAGUUGUAACAUUUAGUUCUUUGCUGCUGGGGAUGUGAGCUGCUGGCAUCCUCCCAUUGUCAUAGGCAUGUAAUGAGACUGAUGCUGGAAAAUACAACAGCUCGAGACACGUUCCCCAGCAGCCCUGUCCUGUUUGUGAUUUGUACGGAGACCCUGGCAAACAUUAUUAAGAGCUGGUGAGAUGGAGACUGCUGAACAUUGUCUGAAGAAACAACUUUUUCUGCUUCAGUGUUUCAAGACAUUGUGGCUGGGGAAUGCUGCAAGUUGCUGUCCUUGUGCAGUAGUGGGCUUUUGUAGUAGUCUCUGCAGCUGUAGAUUUUACCAUGAUCAUUCCUUGCUCCUCCUCAGGUGGGAUUUACAAGCAAUUAUUUUAUUUCACAUGGGAGUAAUCUAUAUGUUCUCAACUUCCUUUACUUGUGCACUGCAGAAGUGGCCUCAGUAGAGAUGAUGUGUCCUGAUGUCACAUGUGGAUUGUUCUGAUAUCUGCAAGAACAUCCCAAAACCUGCCUGAUUUGCCCAGUUCAUGGUGUGCAAACCGUCCCUCAUGGUUGGCACUCUGUGAGUGCUCUUGUGCUUUGGCACUUGCUGUGUUCUCUUGAAGAAAUAAAUCUGUGUGGACUGGGAUCAGAGCUGUCACAGUUCUAAUCACAGAACCUUUAUGAACUCUAACAUGCAGCUCUGUGGCAUUUCCAACCCGAGAUUACUGAAAAAGAGCAAAGCAUUAAUGGUGAAGAUCAUGUAGCUGGGAAGAGCUUUUAGACAUUCUGUACAUUGUUUGUGAUGAUUGUGAAUGGAGAUGAGGAAGUACAGGGGCCUGGAGUGGGGUGUAGAGACAGGGCAUGUUGCUGAGGUUGAGCAAUGUGUGAUAUUUUGGCAGAGAUCCUGUGUGUGGAACUAAAUAAGGCCUGGGUCUGUGUGAUGGGGAGUGUGAUUUUGAGUGGGAAGGAGUUUUGGCCCAGGGAAAUGCAGAUGCUGAGUAGAACACGGCCUGCAUCACAGUGGAGGAACUGGAGAAAGCCUGGUUAGCUGUGGAGAUCUCAUUUCCCAUGUCUUGUGAAAAUGCCCACCACUUAAUGCUCCUCUUCUGAGAUCCUCUCAGGACCUCCAGCAGUUCUCUACAUUCUUGCUUUCUGUUUUUCCCUGUGAUAUUACAGCUUAUGAAGUGAUUUGCCAUCCAUGCCAUUAAUCACUUGUCUUCGAGGUGGAAUUUUCGUCAUAAAACAGAAGACUUUUUGAAAUUUGUGUCAUUCUGCCAGCCUUUCUUGGGACAUGGCAUCAGUCAUCUCCCAGGUCUUGGUCUUCUGGUUGGCAUUAAGGGAUGCUGUCCCUUAAAACAAGUACUCCUGGUCCUGGAGUUUCUUUUUCUGAAGAAGGAACCAGUGAUGCUACAGGUGAGUUAUUCCUACCAGAAGAGGCUCUAUGUGAGAGACAGGUGUCCUUUGGUUCCUGUGAUGCCUUAAGUUUUAGCUUUCAUGUUUUGCAGAUUCUGUACUGCAUUAGUAUAUAACUCUGAACUUCAUAUGAAGUGUUAGCAAGUUCUCCUCACAGCUCAGUCACACGAAACAAUCCUUUUGCAGUCUAGAGAACCGAGGACACCGUUGCAGCUUCAGGCUAAAAAAGUACAAACAACAGGGAAUUGAGGAGAGCAAACUGGGAGGAUGGGACUGCAUAACCUGGAGCCGUAAUUGGACAAUUAACCCCAAUAUUUAAAUGGACCAAAACUUACAAAAGCAUGGAAACUUGUGACCUGUCAUCCAUCUUGGAUGUAGCUGUGGCUGGGCUCUUGCACUGGCCAAGGUGUAUCCUGUGAAGGCCUUUUUAAUAAAUACCAACUUUAUUCCUUUAGCACUCCACAGCUUCUCAUUGCCCGGGAGCCUCUCAAGGCAUCACCUGUUCAGCUGUGGUAUCUUCACAUAGGAUCUACUAAAUAUUGCCUGAAUUGAAAUUCCUCUAGGAUUGGAGCAUAUUAUGUGCUCUCAUUUGAUUCUGCAGCUUCCUGGCUCAGGGUGAGAAGAGGGAAGCAAAGGCAGAUGGAGAAGUGACCUUAAUGCUUUUCUAGGAGUAGAUGUGCUGGGCAUGCAGAGGAUGCAUUCAGUGACAAUGCCGUGUUGAAUUUUGUAAUAGCUCUGCAGGUGAAAAAUGAGUGUGGCAGAAUUGUCCUCCAUCCAGGUAAAGGAAGAAUGUGGUGUCAUCAUGCUUGUUUUGCAGUGUUCUUGGAGUAUUGUCAUGCUGGGCUCUGAUGGGUUUGAUUUUGUAUAUGCGAGACUCCCUUGGGUCACUUGGACUCUGGAGCCUUUUUCGUAUUAGACGUCUGCAUGGGUGGACUCUUCUCUGAUGUAACAAAGCUGUUCUUUACUAUAUGAUUGCUUUGUGGAUUUAUUUCUGGGGUCCUUGAGAUGGACUGAGGACUCAAAAUGUGGAUUGGAUCCUGAAGGGAGAGGAAGCUGCAGGUGCAUGGUGCUGGAGGAAAGCAAGAGGGCUAUUCCCUGUCAUGAGGAAUGAGAGGUGGAAGGGGAGUGCCCUUUUGCUAAAGGACAUGUCUGUGCUUCAUGACGUGAUGGUGUAGGUAUUUUUAAAAUAUUUCCUGAAGGGGAAAACAACGAACAGAAGAUACAAGGAAGGCAGCAACAGACCAGGGGAGGGAAAGUCUUCACAACGAAGAGAGAAAAAAAAAGUAAAUAAAAUAAAAAAAAGAUAAAAUGCAAAAAAAAAUGGACAAAGACGAAGUGGAAUCAAAAGAAGCAAUGGAAGGAAUCAUUGCAAGGAAGAGGAAUGAGAAGUUUAUCCCAAAGACAUGUUUACUGCAAGUACUAUCUAAACAUUUGGAAAGAAUAUUGGUAAAGGAAAUAGAAACACAGAAGAGAUAAGGAAGGAAAAUGAGAAGGAGGAUGUAAAAAUAUGACAGUUAAGAGCAUGAAGAAGCCAUAGGGAAAGAGAACCAGGAAAUAGAAGGGAAAGAGAGAACAAAAGAAGGGAAACAAUAGCAGAGGAAAAUGAAGGAGAAAAGGAUAUAACAAGGAAGGCGACUAUAGAAGAAAAAAAUAAGACAGAAAGGGAGUAAGGAAGCAGCAAAGAAAGAAGAGAAUGGAAACAAAGGGAAGAAGGAUAAAGGACCAGAUGAGCAGGCACCGACCUUAUGUUUCCACGCUGUGAAGAGCUGCUCCGGAGCAGCCUUUCCCCGGUUGGAGCACCGCGCCCUGGCGCUGAUAUACCAUAAUUGCGCUGAUAUACCAUAAUUGGCGCAGAUAUCCCAUAACUGGCACUGAUAACUCCAACAGUGAUGGUCUCCACCGCGGCAUAGGAGGCAACUGGCAAAUUGCCGACGGGAGUAAAGAAGAGCGAAGAUUGGAAAGUAAGGUAAAAUGGUAUAAAGAUUAGGGCAGGGCAAUAAAGCAAAAGGAGAACUAGGAGAGGAAGCAAUAGAAAAGAACGGGAAGACUAAAAAAGAAAAGAGUAGGAGAAGGAAGGGAAAGGCAAACCGAUGAAAACCAGAGAAAAGACGGAAGGAAGAGAGCAAUCGAUAAAGAAAAGGAAACAGGAAAAAUAAGCGGAGCAGAGAGGAACAGACGGCAGAGGGGAUGUUCUUCAAGGAGCGGAGACAGAAGCGCUGUGGCUGUGGCGUGUGCGGCGGCGGAGCAGCGCACGGUGUCGCUGCAGGCUCAGGAACGGCUCGGUGCGGGCGGCUCCGCCCCGGUGCGGCGGAGAGCCCGGCUGUGAGCGCGGGGGGGCGGCGCGGGCCGGGCAGCAGAGCCGGUGAGUCCGGGCGGCGGCGGGGAGCCGUGCGGGGCCCGGGCCGGGGCCGGCAGCCACAGCGGCAAGAGCGGCGGCGGCGGCGGCAGGGAGGAUGGGCGAGCGGUGGUGUGCAGCGGUGCUGCGGGUGCUGGUGCUGCAGGCGCUGUCCUGGGCGCUGGCGGGCGGGCAGGUGCGCUACUCGGUGGCGGAGGAAGCCAAGGCCGGCACGGUGGUGGGCCGUCUGGCGCAGGACCUGGGCCUGGAGGCGGGCGAGGUGGAGGCGCGGCGGCUGCGGCUGGUGGCGCCGGGCCGGCGGGCGAGCGUGGAGGUGAGCGGGGCGAGCGGCGCGCUGCUGGUGAGCUCGCGGCUCGACCGGGAGGAGCUGUGCGGCAAGAGCGCGCCGUGCGCACUGCGCCUGGAAGUGCUGCUGGAGCGGCCGCUGCGCAUCUUCCAUGUGCAGCUGGAGGUCACCGACAUCAACGACAAUGCCCCCGUCUUCCCCGCCGCCCGAAAGAACCUCAGCAUCGCGGAAUCGUCUGUGCUGGGGUCUCGUUUCCCGCUGGAGGGCGCGACGGAUGCAGAUGUCGGGCUGAACGCGCAGCUCUCCUAUACACUGAGCCCCAGCGAGCAUUUCGGCUUGGAAGUGAAAUCUAAAGACGAAAAGAAAAUAUACGUUGUUCUUGUUUUAACGAAAUCUCUGGACCGCGAGACGAUUCCCGUGCACCGGUUGGUGCUGACGGCGAGUGACGGGGGCCGGCCGUCUCUGACGGGCACCAUGGAGCUGGUGAUCUCGGUGCUCGAUGCGAAUGACAACGCCCCGGAAUUCAAUCAGUCUGUGUAUAAAGUUAAGCUGCCGGAAAAUACGGCCCCGGGAACUGUGUUUUUUCUGGUAACGGCGACAGACAAAGAUGAGGGAAUUAAUCAAGAAAUAUAUUAUUCUUUUAGCGACGCGAUUUCUGCCAAAAUUCAGGACCUUUUCAAAAUUGACGAAAAGUCUGGGGAAAUACGGACUGUCGGGGAGCUGGAUUUCGAGGACGUUCAGUCGUAUGACCUGGAGAUUGAAGUGAGAGAUAAAGGGACACCCCCGCUAUCGGGUCACUGCAGCGUGGAGCUGGAGGUGCUGGACGUGAACGACAACGCGCCGGAGGUGUGGGUGACAUCGCUGUCGGUGCCAGUGGCGGAGGACGCGUCGGUGGGGACGGUGGUGGCCCUGCUGAGCGUGUCGGACCGGGACUCGGGGGAGAACGGGCGCGUGCGGUGCUGGGUGUGGCCGGCGUCGCCGUUCGGUCUGGAGGCGACGUUCGCGGGCUCGUACUCGCUGGUGCUGCGCGAGGCGCUGGACCGGGAGCGGGUGUCGGAGUACGAGGUGGAGGUGCGUGCGGAGGACGGCGGGGCGCCGGCGCUGCGCGCCAGCCGCGGGCUGCGGGUGCCGGUGUCGGACGUGAACGACAACGCGCCUGCGUUCGCGCAGGCCGUGUACACGGUGCUGGCGCGGGAGAACAACGCGGCGGGCGCGGAGCUGGCGCGGCUGUGGGCGCGGGACCCGGACGAGGCGGGCAACGGGCGCGUCAGCUACUCGCUGUGGGAGGGCGUGGGCGGCGGGGCCGCGGGAUCGUCGUCGUCGUGGUCGGGCGGCGGGUGGCGUCCGGCGUCGAGCUACGUGUCGGUGGACGCGGAGAGCGGGCGCCUGUGGGCGCUGCAGCCCUUGGACUACGAGGAGCUGCAGGUGCUGCAGUUCGAGGUGCGCGCGGUGGACGCGGGGGAGCCGCCGCUGAGCGGCAACGCCACGGUGCAGCUCUUCGUGCUGGACGAGAACGACAACGCGCCGGCGCUGCUGCCGGCCGCGGGCUCGGCCCCGGAGGCGGGCGCCGUGGCGGCGGCCGAGGCGGCGGCGGGCUCGGCGUCGGGCACGCUGUGGGCGUGGGCGGCGUGGGGGGCGCCGGCGGGGCAGGUGGUGGCCAAGAUCCGCGCCGUGGACGCCGACUCGGGCUACAACGCGUGGCUGCGCUACGAGCUGUGGGAGCCGCGGGGCAAGGGCCCGUUCCGCGUGGGGCUCUACAGCGGCGAGGUGAGCACGGCGCGGGCGCUGGACGAGGCGGACGGGCCUCGCCAGAGGCUGCUGAUCGUCGUGCGCGACCACGGCGAGCCGGCGCGCUCGGCCACGGCCACGCUCAGCGUGUCGCUGCUCGAGGCGGCCGAGGCGGCGCUGGCCGCGGGCUCCUCCUCGUCGUCGUCGUCGCCGUCACGCUCGGCCGUGGGCGUGGAGCUGGGGCCCGGGACGGCGAGCGCGGCCACCAACGUGUGGCUGGUGGUGGCCAUCUGCGCCGUGUCCAGCCUGUUCCUGCUGGCCGUGGUGCUGUACGGGGCGUCGCGCUGGGCGCCGCGGGCGGCCGUGCUCUCGGGGCCCGGGCCCACCACGCUCGUGUGCGCCAGCGAAGUGGGCAGCUGGUCGUACUCGCAGCGCCACAGCCGGAGCCUGUGCGUGGCCGACGGCGCCGCCAAGAGCGACCUCAUGGUUUUCAGCCCCAACUUCCCCCCUCCGCCGCCGCCCGGCCCCGCGCCCAAGGACACGCAGCCGGAGCCCUCCGCUCUCCUCGACACGGUCAGUGGCAAUGCUUUGCUUGCUUGUAUCCACUGCCACUUUGCCCCUCGUCUCUCGUUUCCCAAAGUGGUUUCUAGUUAUUAG